AUGGACACAUGGAUAUGGCCAACAAUCAACGCUGGCCAAGCAUCCAGAGUCUAUGUGGAAUUCGGGACCAGAGGAAGCACCCGUGACGAUGCGGGUGAGGUCUACUACAGUAUCGAUGAAACAUCGGACAAGUUCACAGUAUUGAGUCGAAAGCCUUCAGACUACAAGCUCACCAUAUCUUUGGACGGUAUGUCGACGAAGCAGAGUUCGCAAGGAGCAAAGAUCGACCUGGGCUUUCGGCACAACGCUGCAGUCAACUGGAUCAUGUCUGUGGACGAAGCAGGUAAUUGGUGGUCGAACAGCGGUACGUAUUCGGAUUGGAUGCAGCAGAGCCUGGGCUCGUUGGCGAAUAGAACCUUGAAGCACAUCUGCAUGCCGGGCUCUCACGAUGCAGGCAUGGGUACCUUCAAACCUGGUACCAUCGGUGCGCACUUUGCGAACACCCAGACACAAUACCUAGAUUUCUAUCAACAACUAAUGGCCGGAUCGCGGUAUUUUGACCUUCGUCCAGUGCUCUCUCGAGGGGAAUGGGUAGCCGGUCACUAUGGCCAAGUUGGCGACAUCUGGCUUGGUGGUAAUGGGCAGACGCUUGAAGAGAUCAUACGUCAGAUCAACGACUUUACAGCAGAUUACCAAGAGCUCGUCAUCAUAAAUUUAAGCCACACGCUCGACACAGACAACAAGUACAAAGACCUUACCCAAACGCAAUGGAACGAUCUCUUCACCACACUAAAGAGCAUCAACGACCGCUAUAUUCUCGAAAACCCAGGCACCACUGAUCUCUCUGAUAAACGCUUAGGAGAAUUCAUCACCGACCGUGCUUCAGUCCUCGUGGUCGCCCAGAUACCUGAAGGUAUAACACUGGGCGACUUUGCAAGCCAGGGUUUUUACUCCGGUCGUAAUUUUCCGUUCUACGACGAAUACAGCAAUAGCAACAACCUUGCCAACAUGAAGAGCGAUCAGUUAGCCAAACUAAAGCAGAAUCGAAACAUCGUGGGGGAAGAAAAUGAGAAGAAGGAUGCUUUCCACAUCUUCUCCUGGACGCUGACGCAACAACCUGAAGACGUACUGAAUUUUGACAAAGCCAUCAUGAAUAUGGCCGCGUCAGCCUUCGAUGAUCUAAUAAGCGAAGCCUGGAACGCUUUUACGCCGCAAAGCUUCCCAAACGUAUUGUUCGUAGAUAGUCUUGGAGUCAGGGAUAAGAGUGUGGUUUUCCCGUUUGACAGACCAAAGCAGGGGUUACAGCCCAACUCAGAUAUUGCUGCAUUUGCUGUUGCAGUAAACAACGGGAUCGCGGGGAAGAACGGGAUUGUCACUGGGAGACAACUGAAAAGGGGGACGUAA